UUUGUCGGGGAUAAACCGCAUGCACGUGUCGAUCCGUGUCAAUACGCAACACGUGGAGAGCUGAAGGUCUGUAAAAACCCACGGAGGCCGAUGUUUACUUUAUAAUCAUUAUUUAUAACCGGAUAAAUAAGAGCUAAAAUAAAUGUGCGCGUGCAGUGUCAUGUCUCGCUCCUCCCUCUCUCCCUCUCUCUCUCUCCCACGCGCUUCUGUCGCUUCAGCUCCUCCCGCAUGCGCUCGAGACGAAGUGGUCUCGCUCGCGCAGAUCGCCUGCCUUCAACGUCCCGCGCUAAACCAACUCACCAGAGCGCACGCGACGACGAGCGGCGGAAGCUUUUCUUAGGCGCGAGCGCGCGAUCGCUCAACGCACUACGCACCGGGGAGUGAAAACGUUAAAAAAAAAUAAAAUCGAAAGUAACCGUCGGUUUUGUGGAAGGGCGACGAACCGUGUGGACGUGUGGAAAGGCGCGAGCGCACGGUGUAUAUUUUCCGCCUGAAGGGACAUGUGGAGUGCUGGAUUGCGCAAUGUGGAGGUAACUACAACGCAGUCACAGGGAGGACACACCAGAGAGUUUCCAGCUUGCUGAUUUUCUGGUGCGUUUGGAGCUGAUGUGAGCUGGUGUGAUUGAUCACCACACACACACACACACACACACACACACACACACACACACACACACACACACACACACACACACACACACACACGCAUACCUGCCUUGUUUCCUGACACCAUGACAGACAUGAACUUCACCUCAAUUCCGUAUGUGGCUGAGAACCAAGCGCUGAGAACCAAUUACACAGGCGGCUGCUCGCUGACCAAAACCGCCUUUCAGUUCUACUACCUUCCCACAGUCUACAUCAUCGUCUUCAUCACCGGCUUCAUCGGGAACAGCCUGGCCAUAUGGAUGUUUGUGUGUCACAUGCGUCCGUGGAGCAGCAUUUCGGUUUACAUGUUUAACCUCGCGCUGGCUGACUUCUGCUACGUGCUCUCACUUCCCUUCCUCAUAUUCUAUUACUUCAACAAAACCGACUGGAUCUUCGGUGAUGUCAUGUGCCGCCUACAGCGCUUCAUCUUCCACGUCAACCUCUAUGGGAGCAUCCUGUUCCUGACAUGCAUCAGUGUGCACCGCUACUCCGGUGUCGUCCACCCGCUCAAGUCGCUCGGGAGGCUCAAGAAGAAGAACGCCGUGCGCACCAGCGCCUUGGUGUGGUUCGUCGUGAUAGCUGGUAUCUCGCCGAUCCUUUACUACUCACGCACGGGGCCUAAACGAAAUGUUACCACGUGCUACGAUACGACCACUGAGGACGAGCUUCCGGGGUACUUUGUCUAUAGCAUGUGCAUGACCGUGUUUGGAUUCUGCGUGCCAUUUGUGGUCAUCUUCGGCUGCUACGGGUUCAUCGUAAAAGCGCUCAUUUACAACGACAUGGACAAUGUGCCGCUCAGGAAGAAGUCUAUCCACCUGGUUAUCAUCGUGCUCGCUGUCUUCGCCGUGUCCUACCUGCCCUUCCAUGUCAUGAAGAACCUCAACAUGAGGGCCCGGCUUUACUUCCAGAGCCCUGAGAUGUGUGAGUUUAACAACAGGGUCUAUGCUACUUACCAGGUCACCCGGGGACUGGCCAGCCUCAACAGCUGCGUGGAUCCCAUUCUCUACUUUCUAGCUGGGGACACAUUUCGACGACGGUUCUCCAGAGCCACUAAGAAAAAUUCCAGGAAGGGCGACGUCGUGCUUCAAUCCAAGAGCGAGGAAACGGCUCUCAACAGCCUGCCGGAGUACGGCGAGAACGGGAGCAAGUCGCUAUGAGGAUUUGAGAAUAAAUUCUGAACUUUCUCGUUUUCUAAAGAAUGCACUGAUCAUGUCAUGUUGCAGAAAAGUCAUGAUAUGACGUUAAUCUAUAUAUAUAUAUUUAUAUUAUAUAGAUACGUGAACACUGUUAAAUCCCAAGCCCUGAGCCAGUGACUGGACAUUGGAUACAUGUGGAAUAAGUGGAGUAGUGUAUGUGAUAUGAUGUGUACUGUAUAUAAUUGUCAGUAAUUACUCUCCAUGUGAAUAUGCCUUCGUUGUACUGUAUUGUAUUUGUCAGUAUUAUAUGAACUGCAGCAAUGCAGGAGACAGCCACAGCUUCACUUUAGCCAACAGUGACGAAAACAGUGGACUAAACCAUCCAAUUAAUGAAAAAUAAUACAUCCACAGAUCAGACUAGAAUAGAGAGCAAUGCUCUGUUUUAUCUGAGUUGUAACACAAUUAAAAGAAGUAACUCGACCCGAGACUGUCGAUAUCUCGUCUGAAGCCCGAGUAAGCUCGGAGAAGACGUAUGGUUCGUGCUGAGCUCCUUUAAAAAGCUACACAUUUCCUAUCUUUCCUGCUGUCUCUCAGUCCCUGUGGACGCCCCGUUCUGUCUCUGUGAUAAAUAAGAUUGCGUUGUAGUUUUUAAACCCUGUUUUUAAUCCAGUCACACAGUGAGAUCUUACGCUCUAGUGGGGUGCUGUGUUACAGAAAAGGUGUCAUUCGUCUGAUUCUAAGCUUUGUGAAGCGAGUGUGUGGGAGACAACAUGCAUUAAGACGGUAUGAAAUCACAGCAAGAAGACACACUGUGCUAAGCUCGCGUGCAUAUUUUUUUUUUUUUUUUUUUUUCAAAUUGUGGCCAGGUUCCAAGAAGCAUUAUCAAGAACAUAAUCUGUACACACCACACAUCUGCAAUAAAACUAUGUGACCUCUUGGUUUCCAUAGAAGACUCUA